AUGGCUGAAGAGAGCAAUAAUGGGUUUGCAGUGAAGGUGGUGAUAAUCAACACAGAGUACAUAGAAACGGAUGCCCGCAGCUUUAAAGCCGUGGUUCAGAGGCUAACCGGUAAGGAUCCUAAGGUGGAGGCGGCGGCGGCGGAGGAGGCCGGGUUUAACGGCCAUCGGAAGCUUCAUUCCGGUGGAGGAAUAUUAUUGUCGCCGGCGGCCAAGACUAGCGGCCAGCAGCUUCAUUUGCCAACCGCUCAUUUACCCUUCAAUGAUUUUGAUUGCGAUAGGUUACUGUUCAACAAGGAACUGUCACCGUUCGAUGAGCUGUCGUAUGCGCUAUACGCCCAAUCAUAA